CGCAGCCGCCGCCUGGGCCGCCCCGUGUCCCCGGUGGAGCCGCCGCCGCCGCCGCCGGGAGCUCGAUGCGGACGGAGCCCGGGCCGGGCCAUGGGGAUCCUCAGCAUCACGGACCAGCCGCCCCUGGUCCAGGCCAUCUUUAGCCGCGAUGUGGAGGAAGUGCGUUCCCUGCUCUCGCAGAAGGAGAACAUCAACGUGCUGGACCAAGAGAGGCGGACCCCAUUGCAUGCUGCUGCCUACGUAGGCGAUGUCCCCAUCCUCCAGUUGCUACUGAUGUCAGGUGCUAAUGUCAAUGCUAAGGACACACUGUGGCUGACCCCUCUUCAUCGUGCUGCUGCUUCCCGAAAUGAGAAGGUGCUGGGACUGCUGCUGGCACAUUCAGCAGAUGUGAACGCCCGGGACAAGCUGUGGCAGACACCAUUGCAUGUGGCUGCCGCCAACCGGGCCACGAAGUGUGCUGAGGCUCUGGCACCCCUGUUGAGUAGCCUCAACGUGGCCGAUAGGAGCGGGCGUAGUGCCCUGCACCAUGCAGUGCAUAGUGGGCAUCUCGAGACGGUGAACCUGCUCCUGAACAAGGGAGCCAGCCUGAACGUCUGUGACAAAAAGGAGCGGCAGCCUCUGCACUGGGCAGCUUUUUUAGGGCAUUUGGAGGUCCUGAAACUGCUGGUGGCACGGGGAGCGGACCUCGGCUGCAAGGACCGCAAGGGCUAUGGACUGCUCCACACAGCUGCUGCCAGCGGCCAGAUUGAAGUGAUCGAUGAGCCCAACGCUUUUGGAAACACAGCUUUGCACAUCGCCUGCUACCUGGGCCAGGAUGCUGUGGCCAUUGAGCUGGUGAACGCAGGAGCCAAUGUCAACCAGCCGAAUGACAAGGGCUUCACGCCACUGCAUGUGGCUGCAGUCUCCACCAAUGGCGCUCUCUGCUUGGAGCUGUUGGUCAAUAACGGGGCUGAUGUCAACUACCAGAGCAAAGAAGGAAAGAGUCCUCUGCACAUGGCUGCCAUCCAUGGUCGUUUCACCCGCUCCCAGAUCCUCAUCCAGAAUGGCAGCGAGAUUGAUUGUGCCGACAAAUUUGGGAACACCCCACUGCACGUGGCUGCUCGCUACGGACACGAGCUGCUCAUCAGCACCCUCAUGACCAACGGCGCGGAUACUGCCCGGCGCGGCAUUCACGACAUGUUCCCUCUGCACUUAGCUGUUCUCUUUGGAUUCUCUGACUGUUGUCGUAAGCUUCUUUCCUCAGGUCAGCUGUACAGCAUUGUGUCUUCACUCAGCAACGAGCACGUGCUUUCAGCCGGGUUUGACAUCAAUACGCCUGACAACCUUGGCCGCACCUGUCUUCAUGCUGCUGCUUCUGGAGGGAAUGUUGAAUGUCUUAAUUUGCUGUUGAGCAGUGGAGCUGACUUGAGGAGAAGAGACAAAUUCGGAAGGACCCCACUGCACUAUGCAGCCGCCAAUGGCAGCUACCAGUGUGCAGUCACAUUGGUGACGGCUGGCGCAGGUGUCAAUGAGGCCGACUGUAAAGGCUGCUCUCCCCUCCAUUACGCUGCUGCCUCUGACACCUACAGGAGAGCGGAGCCCCACUCAUCUUCCAGCCACGAUGCUGAAGAGGACGAGCCACUGAAGGAGUCCCGCAGGAAAGAGGCCUUCUUCUGUCUGGAGUUCUUACUGGAUAACGGUGCAGACCCCUCCCUGCGGGACAGGCAGGGCUACACAGCCGUGCACUAUGCAGCCGCCUACGGCAACAGACAGAACCUCGAGCUGCUCUUAGAAAUGUCCUUUAACUGCCUGGAGGAUGUGGAGAGCACCAUUCCAGUCAGCCCUUUGCACUUAGCUGCCUACAACGGUCACUGUGAAGCCCUGAAGACACUGGCUGAGACGCUGGUGAACCUGGAUGUAAGGGACCACAAAGGCCGGACCGCGCUCUUCCUGGCCACUGAGCGAGGCUCUACUGAGUGUGUGGAGGUGCUUACGGCCCACGGCGCCUCCGCACUCAUCAAGGAGCGCAAACGCAAGUGGACGCCCCUGCACGCUGCUGCCGCCUCUGGCCACACUGAUUCCCUGCACUUGCUGAUCGACAGUGGGGAACGAGCUGACAUCACAGAUGUCAUGGAUGCCUAUGGACAAACCCCACUGAUGCUGGCCAUCAUGAAUGGCCACGUGGAUUGUGUCCAUCUGCUGCUAGAGAAAGGAUCCACAGCUGAUGCUGCUGACCUCCGGGGCCGCACCGCCCUCCACCGUGGGGCAGUGACUGGCUGUGAGGACUGCCUGGCUGCCCUGCUGGACCACGACGCAUUUGUGCUGUGCCGAGACUUCAAGGGCCGCACCCCCAUUCACCUGGCCUCAGCCUGUGGCCACACUGCAGUGCUGCGGACCCUGCUGCAGGCUGCUCUUUCCACAGACCCCCUGGAUGCUGGCGUGGAUUACAGUGGAUAUUCGCCCAUGCACUGGGCCUCCUACACUGGACAUGAAGAUUGUCUGGAGUUGUUACUUGAACACAGCCCGUUUUCAUACCUGGAGGGAAACCCCUUCACUCCUUUGCACUGUGCAGUAAUUAAUAACCAGGACAGCACCACAGAGAUGCUGCUGGGAGCUCUGGGUGCCAAGAUUGUGAACAGCCGAGAUGCCAAAGGACGGACCCCUCUUCACGCCGCUGCCUUCGCGGACAAUAUAUCUGGGCUCCGGAUGCUACUGCAGCAUCAAGCCGAGGUGAACGCCACUGACCACACUGGCCGCACUGCGCUCAUGACGGCGGCCGAGAACGGCCAGACCGCUGCUGUGGAAUUUCUGCUGUAUCGAGGGAAGGCAGACCUUACUGUGCUGGAUGAGAACAAGAACACUGCCCUCCACUUGGCUUGUAGCAAGGGCCAUGAGAAAUGUGCCCUCAUGAUCCUGGCAGAAACCCAAGACCUUGGCCUUAUCAAUGCUACCAACAGUGCGCUGCAGAUGCCACUCCACAUUGCUGCCCGGAACGGUCUAGCUUCUGUGGUACAGGCCCUCCUGAGUCGUGGGGCCACAGUGCUGGCUGUGGAUGAAGAAGGUCACACCCCAGCGCUGGCCUGCGCCCCCAACAAAGAUGUGGCCGACUGCCUGGCCUUGAUCCUCUCCACCAUGAAGCCUUUCCCACCCAAGGACGCUGUCAGUCCUUUCAGCUUCAGCCUGCUCAAGAACUGCGGCAUCGCAGCAGCCAAGACGGUGGGUGGCUGCGGCGCCCUGCCCCAUGGGGCCUCUUGCCCCUACAGCCAGGAGCGGCACGGCGCCAUCGGGUUAGACGGCUGCUACUCGGAGUAGCCCCCCUUCAGUGUCCCUCCCCCUGCCGGUGGCUUGAUAUCUUAUUCUAUUUAUUUAGAAAAAGUCUAUACAUUUAGGGCACUUUAAAGGAGAACACGACUGGGUGGGGGGACAGAACGGGGGGGGGUGGGAGGAAGCACUGGGGAGCAGCUGCUCACCCCUUUGCCACACCAUCCUGGCCUGGCAGGGGUCUGGGACCUACAGGAAGCACCCCAGGCCCUUGGCACCCCCAGGGCAACCCCUUCUGCCAAGUGUCCCCAAAUGAUUGCUAAAUGCCUGGCUACCCUCUCCUUUACCCCAUCUCUCCAUUCCCCCUUUCUGCUGCCAACUCCCCCACCCUUCCCUCUCUCUCCUCGCCGUGCCCCCCUCCCUGCCCCUACUGCCAGGCACAUCCCUCCUCCUCUUCCAUACCCAUCACUGCCUCCCUGCUCGGCUGGCCCCUCCAUCCCCGCAGCAGUGAGAAGCCUUAAUUUCUGGUACUGUGUGAGCACUCUGGGGGUGUCCCCCUCCCCCUUCAGGGGCAGCUAGUGGAUGAGGGGGGAGGGUACUUAGCACUGGGGCCUGGAGCUUUUCCCCCAUUCUCUACCCCAUCACCCCUAAAGUUCAAAUGCAAAACACUUGAAGCAGCAACUACUGUACCUGGGCCCCAAUCCUGCACUCUCCCCUGGCUCCUCAUAUGCAAAUCAAGGGCUGGUUCUGCCCCCACAGCCUGCUCUUCCCCGACUCCCUUCCACUUCCAGGCACUUUAACCUUGCUUCUUUCUUUUAACUUCUUUUGGGAGGGCAGAGCCUGUGGCCGUUCCCUCCCUGGCUCCCCCCUCCCUUAACUUUGAGGCUUGUCAUGAAUCUUUAAGUAAGCAUUUUAUCCUUUAGGGGAAGAAACAAAUUAAUUUCCUGCCCAUUUCAAAACCACAGCCCUAGUACGUCCUGUGCGUUUCAGGCAUGUGUUUGCAUGUGUGGGGAGGGAAGGACCCUGUUCUUCCUCCUGUGCCCCCUAGGUCCAUAGUUCCUCCGUGCCCCCACCUUCCGUUAUGUCCAAGAGUACCCACCACCCCCAGUCACUCCUGAUCUGAAGCCAAAGAUGGUGGGAGGGGCAGGGCAGACUAGGGACCGUGGCUACUCAGACCCAGGCUUCCCCUCGGUGUGAGGAUGAAGCUCUGAUCUAGGGAGCGAGGAAUACACGCUGAGGCUGGGGCCCUGCCCCGCCCCCCCAGCAGCGGGGAGAGAUGGGAUUGAGCUAGGGGCUGCACUGAGGAUAUUCCUAAAGGUCACCCCCCCCACAAGCCAAACUGGGCCAGAGUGAGGAGGGGGCAGUUUUCUCUCUAUAUGUAGCAUUGAAUUUGGCCCUGGUCCCUUUCAACGCCUUGUCCACCGCCCCUUAGCCCAGCGUUCCCUUCCUCGCACUCAAUACCUCAGCCAGGGGCCAAGACACAGAACUUGAAUAGAGGUCAUGCCCCCUCCACCCCCACAGUGCAUCCUUGCCCAGUUUGGCUGCCAUCAGUAUUGUCCCCUGAGAACUGGACAGGCUUCGUUUACACAGUACAGGGUCUCCCCCCACCCCCCGGGGAUCCCUCAGCCUCCUCCCGCCACCCCCCUUGCUUUGUUCACGACCUUCCCCACUUUCCAGUGUCCCCUGCAAGUCUUGCCACCCUCACCAAGGGUGGGCUGAGGGGAGGGGGGGCAUCCCAGGGACCCCUGUCUCCCUAACAUACCCUUAACCAUACCUCAUGCUGGUUCCCUGAAGCCUGGGGUGUUUGUCCAAGUCCUUAUUUUUCUCACCAUCUCUUUUUAUCCCCUCUCUCUGUGUCUUGCUUCCACCAACCCUCAGUUCCUAAACCAUUUCAAAGCUUCCAAAUGACCAUUAUUGGUGAGAAGGAUUGUGCAGCUUUUAGUUUUUAGUUUUGUUUUCAAAGCCAAAGGGCCUUGCGACGCCCCUCUUGCCCACCUCCCUUCACACCCUGUCCUCCCUUAGAUGACAAUCAAUGUGACCUCUUUUAAGGGCUGCAGCCCCCCACCCCCAACCCUGCUGGUUCUGCAAAGCUUGCCCCUAACUUCAGCUCUCUCCUGAAAUCUUCCCAUUCUAUUCCCUCCCUCUCAUUUUGGUGCUGGGAAUUAGGUGACAGGGGCGGGGGGCAGGGGGAGCAGAGAGAUGGGUCCUCUAGAGAAGACUCGGGGUAUUAGUCGUGUUCUCCUUUAUCAAUGUUUGGCGAUGACAGGAAGAAUCUGAGUAUUUGUCAGGAGCCCCAUUGUUUUGCUAGAUGAGAUUUCUGGCACACACGUCAGCAGUGCUGCGGCAGGUCCUCUGCCCACCACCCCCAUGUGGCUGUGGGGGGCACGGAGGACAAGCAGCCUCCUCUCCUUAUGCCAAAGGAAAUCCCACACCCUGCCCCGGGCUCCCCGGCCCCUAGUGUUUUUCGAAGUGUUUUGACCAUUCUCAUGGCCACUGCAUAUUUAUUUUAAUGUUAAGAUUUUUUUCAAACCUCUUUGACUUAAACGGGUGUGGAGAAGUAAAACAGGCAGAGUGCCCCCCAAUCUUACAGGGGUGGGGUGGGGAGGAAACCCCUCCUCCUCUUCGCCCUCCCGCUUUCCCUCCCCCUCUCCCUACCGCAGCUCUAAAGCACUUGCUUCAAGUAAUAAGCACUUUUGAGAAAAGGCCUAUUUUAAGUGAGGACCCUGGGAGCAGCCCCAGGUCCCAGCAAAGGAGACAGAGCGAGGGCUACAUAGGAGACAGGGAAACAGGCUUGUGAAUCAGAGGGCGAGUUGAAAAGAGCCAGUUUUUAAUUUCUGAUUUUUGGGGAGAUGUUUCUGAUUGGGCGGUGGCUUUGGUAGGUUGUGUACUAUCCUGCAGAAAAACAAAUGGCACAAACUGUGGGUCCCAGGAUGGGCCGACAGAUCCGGGUCACUGCCACUGUCCAACUGAGACUGACGGGCCACCUCCCCCGCUGUGGCCCCCUGAGCCAUAGGACUGCUGAAAACCACUGAAUGUACAGCCCAGGUUGGGGUGGGGAGCAGCCCCUGGGGGAGGGGGCUUCUCCUUCUGUUUGGUGCUGUGGGGGGUGGGAGAGAUGAGACUGAGGGACUGCCACCCCACUUAGACAUGUGUUCCUUGGGGUGGAGGGGCUGAGGAGGGCCUGCCUCCCUCUCCAACCCCGGCAUGGCCCCUCUUCCUUCCUCAUCCCUAUCCGUUUUGACUGUAAGUCCAGCUCACCUUUGCCUUCAAUAUGUAACCAAAGGAAAACUCAAUACUGUUUCCACCGCUGUCUGCCCACCCGAGCACCUUCUUAUUCCCCGGACCUAGAAGGAGAGGAGAGGCGGGGGUGGGGUGGGGGGCGUGGGGCCAGAGUGAAUGGUUCUACAGCUGUAUCCCCGAAACCUCCCCCCGGGGUCUUGGAAGGGACCCCGGGAGGGGAGGUUGGGCCUGGCUGGAGGGGCCGGGACCAGGCGCACUCUGCAUCUGUGCACAGGGGUGCUGCUUCGUCCCGGGGACUCCACGACAUCUCUGGCAGGGAGGCCCCUUCCUCCUUCCCUCUCCACCCGUUUCUCCCCCUCUCCCCACACCCCGUGUUCAUCCCCACCUCCCUUUCCCACCGCAAAGGAAAAUAGCCUUACAGACCCUAGCCCAGAAGCCCUCCUCCUGGGGCAAACCAGUAUGGGGCCCCAUCCCGCCUAGUUUGAACCCUACCUUUUCAGAAGGAGGGAUAAGGAGCAAAGCAGCCCCUUCCCCUCCAAUUGUGGUGGCUCCAGCCCUCCUGGCCUUGACCCAGGCUGGGCAGGGGUGGGGGCAAGGAAUCUUUGAGGACCAAGCCCAGAGGCCUGGGAAGAGGGAGGUGGAGAGGGAAGGGCCUGAUUGGGGACUCCCUCCUCCCCGACCCAACCCUAGAGAAGCGACCAAAUCCCAGAGAUGGGAGGAAGCUGGGGUGGGGAGGGUCUGUUCUAUGAAUUACUUGAAGGUACUGACUCCGAGGCUGCUGUUGCCCACUUAGGUGUGAGGGGGGACACUGUCACUGCAUUUGGGAGGGCAGAGGGUGGCGGGUGACUGAGAGCUUCUGCCCUUGGCCCUCGCUUGCUCCUGCUGGGCCCGUUCCCUGGGGAGCCUGGCGUUGCCCCCAGGGAAGUCCGGGAGAGCCUUCCCCUCCCAUCUCCAUCCCUCACUCUGGGCACCCUCUCCAAUUGCACUAAAGUAGCUGUUGUGCCAGUCUUACCCCCACACCAGGGUGGGGUCUCUGCUUCCAGUCCUUUCUCCCCCGACUGCCUCCGCUCCUGUCCCGGACAAUCUCCUUGUUUCCCGGUAUUCCUGGAUAGCUCAGCUUUGUAUGUGUGUGUUUGGGGGGUGGGGGUGGGUUCCGGCUGGAGUGGGUUCGGCGGGGGUUUGGGAAGGGCGAGGGGAGAGAUGGAGGAUAAGUCUCCUGCCCCCUUCCUCAACUCCGAGCCACAGAAGCCUGGGAGGGAGGGAGCCUACCCUCGCUGCCGCCACGUGUCUUGCAGAUGUGCCAAAAUGGGGGUGGGGGAGGGAGGGAAGGGGAGGGUGCCUGGCAGAGCGGCCCCCAGGGUGGCUCUCUCAAAGCAAUACAGUUCCUCCUGCCUGGGGGACGGCAAGACAGGGGAGAGGGUUGGGUUGGGGGCCUGGGGGUUCCCUGUGUACAGCUGUGUAUAUUCAGGGGUGUUCUCUGUCUGGUACCCGCUGUGGGUGUCUACGUGUGUGCGAACCUCCCCUUCCCCGUGCCCUGCAUGACCUGUGAUGCUGCAGACACCACCAUCCUGUGUGCAGGGGUGUGUCGGGGGCACUGAGGGGCAUGUUCCGUGUCCUGUUGCACCCUCCACCCUGUGACCCAUGUACUCGGUUGUAGGAAGUAAAGAGAACUGAGCACAAUUCACUGGAUUCCAGUUGAAUCUUUCUCUAAGCAAUUUUCCCGUUCCCGCUCUUCUCCCUGCCCCGGAUCCACCUGUGGUGCUAGUGUUGGGGUCGGGGGUGUUUAAUGCUGGUGGGCAGCAAUAAAGGGCAGAUCUGCCCAGAUGCCUGUACCCCCAGGGUGCUGAGGGCAGCAGGAAAAAGUGGGGACCUUGCGGUGCAUUUGCCCCACCCCCUCUCCCCCCUGGGCUAAAGCACAAUGCUCUCCCUGCAGAUUGAUACACCCUGCACCCUCCAGGCCCCUGCUCAUGUCCUCCCCUGACCUGCUUUGAGCCCCCCUCCCACUACAUCCUGGUUUUCUAUGCUGUUUUGGUGCAAGUACAACUGUCGUAGUCAUGGCUUUGGGAUGGGUUCUGUUUAUUAAAAUCCUAUUGCUCCUAC